AUGUCGUCAUCAAAAAGUAAAACAGGUCGAUCAUCAGCCCAAAAUAUUGAAACAUCAGGCACCCGAAAAGUUCAUAGCCGUCAUACAUGGAAAUUAGAAAGUAUCAGUCAUGGUAAAGGUCAACCUGUAUCACGAAAAGCUAUUCAACAUGUUCAAGAUGAAGUAGCCAAGAGAAAAGAUAAAUUUCAUUUUUCAAAACAAGAAAUUGAAUCACUUUGUACAAUAUUUCGUCAUUUGACAAAAAGCGAUAGAAUUGAUCGACCACGUUUUCGUGAUGUUUUACAUAAUACAUUCGAUAUGACCGAUGACAUUUUAAUGGAUCGAGUUUUCAAAGCAUUUGAUCGUGAUAAUGAUGGACAAGUCAGUAUGCUUGAAUGGGUUGUUGGACUUAACACAUAUUUACGCGGAACAUUGGACGAAAAAAUUGCUUUUGCUUUCAAUUGUUAUUCACUUAAAGGUGAAAAACAUAUAACCCGUGAAGAAAUUUUUCAACUACUUAAAAGUAGUGUUCUUAAACAAGCUGGUGAUGAAGAUUUAGAUGAAAGUAUUAAAGAAUUAGUAGAGAUAACAUUGAAAAAAAUGGAUAAAGAUCAUGAUAAUCGUUUGGGUGAUAAUGAUUUUUCACAAUCUGUAAAAGAAGAUCCUUUACUUCUUUCGUGUUUUGGUCAAGUAUUUGCGAAUGCAAGAAGAAAAGCUGAAUUCGAACGAGUAGUUGAACAUAUGUCGGAAGAAGUUGUAUUUGGUCAACAAUUUACACAAGAACAAUUAGCAGCCGUUUUCAAUUAUUAA